AGAGAGAGAGAGAGAGAGAGAGAGAGAGAGAGAAAAAAAGGCUUAAUUAAUUCAGGCUGGAUGGAUGGGAUGUUGCUGGCUCUACCAUGGCUCCAGUGCCUGUGCUGUGCCUCUCUGUGUAGCUGGAGCGGUACUGUGUUGCUGUAGCUGCUGUGAGAGGCUGCUCACUGCUCUGCCCACGGGGAAAGCGAGACCCAUGCCCCGGCCGGCUUGGAAAGGACUCCCUAUCAACCCAUACUGAAGAAAGCAUCACACACAGGGAUGGGCAGAGGGACUGAACAUCUACAAGUAGUAUACCCGGAAGCGGUGAAUGGUGUGCACGCCUCCUGAGUUGGACUAGAAGUCUACUCUGAAUACCUCUUCUCCACCAGCGGCGUCUUGGAGCAGCCUCUGGGAUAAGUUCAGAUGCCCUGGGGGGUACGAACAAAGGAUCCAAUUCGGGAAAGCUGUAUUUCUGGUCGUAAUGCUGCUUGUGUCUGCGUAAACAGAGAGAGAGAGGCCAAGAGACCUGCAUCUGGCUGGACCGCCAUAUCACGUACUGAUCCACCAUCUCUGAUGUCUGUUUCUGCCACCACCUGCACUCACUGGGAAAGAUCUGGGAUGACGCCAUGACAGAUAUUAACCUUCUCAGCUCCACACAGGGAUAACCACACUAGAACCUCAUUCCACCUCAGAGGCACAUCCACCACCAUCCUCCCUCACGUUCCUCCCAGCUGGCAUCAUGAUGGGAGACGGAGUCGGGAGCUGGGAGUGUCUGAGUCCAUCUGAGUUCGGUCAGCUGCAGCAGUAUAGCGAGUAUUCCACCAAGAAGCUGAAGGAUGUUCUGGGGGAGUUUCACGGUGAAGGAGUCCUCUCCAAGUACAAUCCUGAGCAGAAGCAAGACGUUCUCAACCAACCCAUAGACUACCAGGGUUUCCAGCUUUUCAUGGCCACCUACCUGGAGAACGACAUCCCUGAGGAGCUGUGUCAGCACCUAUUCACCUCCUUCAAGAGCAAGACAGGGGACUGCUCUCCUGAGAUGCCCCGAGCAGGAGUAGGACUCCUGGAGCCACGUUCCAUUGAUGCAGGCAUCUCUAUACAGACUGAAGUGGCCUGUGCCCCCAUAACAGGAAUGAAUGGAAAGAGCAUCCUGAAAGCCAUGGGUCGACCCACACUGGAGCCUUCCACUAUGAUGGCCUCAUGUUCAGGUGCCAUAUCCAUCUCUCCCUGCUCCUCCCGUUCCUCCUCACUGCGCUCUGGGAUGGGGCCCCACGCGCCUGGGGGGUCCUACCGCCCACCUGCCUGCACCCAGGUCAAACCCUCCACAUGCAGCAGUAGUAACACCCUGACCCCCACCCCAGCCAAGUCCCCAGCCUCCCUUCGCCUCUCCCCAGAGAGAAUCAGAGGGGAGAAGAGGAGGAGCCCGUCCCCAGUACCUUCCCCCCAGGUGGUGUUUCUGAAGGACAUUGUGUGUUACCUGUCCCUACUGGAGAGGGGCACACCAGAGGACAAGCUGGAGUUCAUGUUCCGGCUGUACGACACAGAUGGCAACGGAGUACUGGACAGCUCGGAACUGGACCGCAUCAUCAAUCAGAUGGUCCACGUGGCAGAGUACCUGGAAUGGGACUCGGCAGAGCUGCGACCGAUCUUGAAGGAGAUGAUGGAGGAGAUAGACUAUGACCGGGACGGAACAGUCACCCUGGAGGAGUGGAUCAGAGGAGGCCUCACCACCAUCCCUCUGCUGGUCCUGCUGGGCAUGGAGACGAAUGUUCAGGAAGAUGGUCAGCAUGUGUGGAAACUGAAGCACUUCAACAAGCCAGCCUACUGUAACUACUGCCACACCAUGCUGCUGGGAGUUCGCAAGCAGGGCCUCUGCUGCUCCAUAUGCAAGUACACAGUCCAUGAACGCUGUGUGUCCAAAGACAUUGCUGCCUGCAUCAGCACCUACGCCAAGUCCCGCAGACACACUAAUGUCAUGCAGCAUGUCUGGAUAGAGGGAAACUCUCCAACUAAGUGUGACCGCUGUCACAGAAGUAUCAAGUGCUACCAGGGCUUAACGGGCCUACACUGUGUGUGGUGUCAGAUCACUCUCCACAAUAAGUGUGCGUCCAACAUGAAGCCGGAGUGUGAUGGAGGAGCCCUUAGAGACUACACUCUACUCCCCUCCUACAUCUGCCCUGUCGUCCUGGACCGUCAUUCUGUUGUGAAGCGGGGUGAAGGGGACUCCCCGCCCAGCAGCAGCCCUGACAACAUAAGUCAGAGCUUGAAAUUCACAGGAGACGGACAAGCACUGCAGAUCACUCCUCUCCCGGGUACACAUCCCCUCCUGGUCCUGGUCAACCCAAAGAGUGGAGGGAGACAGGGGGAGCGGGUAUUGAGAAAGUUCCAGUACCUGCUGAACCCCAGGCAGGUGUACAGUCUCGACCGAGGGGGACCCAUGGUGGGGCUCAACUUCUUCCAUGAUGUCCCUAAUUUCCAGGUGCUGGCAUGUGGAGGGGACGGCACAGUGGGAUGGAUCUUAGACUGUAUUGACAAGGCCAACUUUGCAAAAGAUCCCCCUGUGGCUAUCCUCCCUCUGGGCACAGGGAACGACCUGGCAAGAUGUCUACGCUGGGGCGGAGGUUAUGAGGGAGGCAGCCUGCUGAAGUUCCUGCGGGACAUAGAACACAGCACAGAUAUGAUGCUGGACCGAUGGAACAUCGACAUUAUCCCUGUAGACAAGGAGGAGAAGGGAGACCCAGUCCCCAACAGCAUCGUCAACAACUACUUCUCCAUCGGAGUGGAUGCCUCUAUUGCUCAUCGCUUCCACUUGAUGAGAGAGAAGCACCCAGAGAAAUUCAACAGCAGAAUGAAGAACAAGUUGUGGUACUUUGAGUUUGGCACCACUGAGACCAUCUCUGCCACGUGCAAGAAACUCAAUGAGUGUAUCGAAGUCGAGUGUGACGGUAUCAUCCUGGACCUCAGCAGCACGUCAUUGGAAGGCAUCGCCGUCCUCAACAUACCCAGCAUGCACGGCGGCUCCAACCUGUGGGGAGAGACCAAGAAAAGGCGGAACUACAACCGCAUGAGCAGGAAGGUUCCGGAUAGGAUGCCCACCAGUACCAUCAUCGAUAUAAAGGAGCUCAAGUUCUGUGUUCAGGACCUGAGUGACCAGUUGCUAGAGGUGGUGGGUCUGGAGGGCGCCAUGGAGAUGGGGAAGAUCUACUCAGGCCUGAAGAGUGCAGGUCGCAGACUGGCCCAAUGUGCUAACGUUACCAUCAGGACGUCCAGGCUGCUGCCCAUGCAGAUCGAUGGGGAACCUUGGAUGCAGCCCCCAUGUACGAUCAAGAUCACACAUAAGAACCAGGUUCCCAUGCUACUGGGCCCUCCUCAGAAGACCCCCUUCUUCUUCUUCAAGAGACGCAGCAGGAGUCGGGACUGAGUGAGGAGGACACUUCAAACUCCCCCAUCUUCACACAAACACAACCCCUCGGCCCCUCCAACACAAACUGAUGACUGGACUGGUGAACUGUUCCCCAUGGAGGAACUGGACCUUGGGAGAGGAGAGGAGGAGAGGAGGUGUGGAGGGGAUCAAAAGGAAAACAACUCCAUAGACAUUGCCCCUUGGACCUAUGGCACCACUUCAGAAUGAACCAACUUUUUCUCAGUGUAAUGACCACUUCCUGUGUGUCCAUGUUCUAGCUUCUAGAACUUCCUGUUGACUUUGAACUCUGACCCGGCCACCGGCCCACUAGCUCAGUUAACCCAGGCUCCAGACCCAGCUUCAGCCCAAACCCACCAGUACUGACACACUGCCUUGGCAAAACACAGUCCCAUCCAACAUAUAGGUUCAUUUAGGGAUACUGCCAUGAUCCUGGAGGGAUAAAGAAAGAUGGAGGGAUAAAGAAACACAUAAAGAGAGAGAGAAACAGAAGUGGGAUAGAAGGAGAGACAGACAGGAAGAAAAGAAAAGAGUAGAAGAGAAGGAGUGAGGGAUGGAAUGAUCAAUACAGCAGAUGAAAGUAAGUGUGUGUGUGUGUGUGUGUGUGCGUGUGCGUGCGUGUGUGUGUGUGUGUGUGUGUGUGUGUGUGUGUGUGUGUGUGUGUGUGUGUGUGUGUGUGUGUGUGUGUGUGUGUGUGUGUGUGUGUGUGUGUGUGUGUGUGUGUGUGUGUGUGUGUGUGUGUGUGUGUGUGUAAGUGCUCUCCUCUCUUUAAACCGUUGAAUAAUGAAUCAGAGCUUGUAGAGUAUUCACUCCAGUGUCUUUCCACGACGCCAGAACACUGCACUCUGCCUGAGACAUGAAACAGAAAGAGGGCCUCAAUAAUUGACUGCUUUGUUUAUGCUUGACGGUGACAACAGGGCAGAAUCCACAGAAACAGUGGCCUGGGAAGCAUGGGAAACUCAAACUAACAUGUAGGGAUUUUUUCCCCCCAUCAUCUUGGCCCACAACAAGCAUAUUUAGACUAGAAUUUGAAGAAUAUCAAUGGCGUCAGGCCUUGGGGGAAAGGGAAGUCGAAGUGUUUUUAUCUCACCAUCUUCACUAAGUUACUCAGGGCCAUUGUUCUGUCCAGACGGAUUCGUGGAACAGAACUCAGUGUAGAGGGGAGACAGGGUAGAGGGGACCUGACUUCCCUAUUACUGUAAAGACAGAGAUCACUGAGAGCAGAGAUGAGCCCUGUGUCCCAACCAGAAAAGCCCAGUAGGACAGCAUUAGGAACAGAGCCCAGUGUAGAGGGAGAGGAGACUGAAGGAGGUAUGUUAGGUCCUUACUGUAAUGUGUUAGGACAGCUAUAGAUUGAAUCAACAAGCCUCACCCAGCAACAGAUGUCCCAGAGGACACUUUUAGAGGGUUAGAGAUUGAAAUGGAUCCAGCUAGCUAGAGAUAGAAUAACAGCCUGACUGCCCCAGGCCUGAGGGGUCUGAUUUACCAUAGCUUGGACUGGACCUAAAUUUAACCUGCUAUUUCAGGAGGAUCUACACUGUGAAGCACUAUUCCUAAUUACGGUGUGAAAACAUCAGCUCGCUGUCCAAGAGUGCAAAACCCAGGGGCCUGACUGAAAAUAGUGGGUGUAAUUCCAUUCAUGUUUGUUGCUGGACCGUACCAUUCAGGCAACAGGAAGAUAUGUUAUCAAUUCAAAUGUGCUGAACUGAAAAUCACUCUUCAAAUCAAACCGAAUGGCAAGAGCUGAACAGGCAAGACACCAGUGAGGCAGAGAUAGCAUGGCAGCUACUACGAUAUACCCUUAUAGUACUGUCCCAACAAUAGUAGCCAACUAUAUAUGUGCAGACACAGUAUUUGUAUAUUGUGGAAAUAGGUGUGGUGCACAUUAAUGUGUUUUGUAAUGAUAUAUUAUUAGUGUAGAGUUUGAAACUAUAGAAGAGCACAUAUAGAUCAGUGUUCUUUAGUAGGUCACUUCAAUGACUCAGUCUGGGGCUGAUACACAAAACAUCCCCUCUGGCACCAUAGCACCCUCGUACCCUAGGAUUUAUUUUAUUUGAUUUUUUAUUUAACCUUUAUUUAAACUAGGCAAGUCAGUUAAGGACAAAUUCUUAUUUACAAUGACGGCCUACCCCAGCCAAACACUGGACCAAUUGUGCACCGCUCUAUGUAGGAUGUAAGGGUUAGGGUGCAUGGCACAGGGGGGUGAGAGUGAAGUGAGCCAGCAUGCAACACUGAGUGUUUGUCCCAAAUGGCACCCUAUUCCCUAUUCAGUGCACUACUUUUGACCGGCGUAAAUCACAAGCUGUCAUUGUAUGCGGGUGAACUUCUGUUGUUUACUUCGAACCCUCACAGUACAGUCCCCACGGUUAUAGAUACAUGGGAUAUGAAUUCGGCAAGAUCUCUGGUUACAAGCCAAACCUGACCAAGUGAAUGACACAGUAUGUCGUGCAAUUUUGAUGGAAUUCCAUUUAAAAUGACCAAGGGCCACUUCACCUACCUUAGCAUAAAAAUGACCAUCAGCUACAAUGACUUGCUCAGGUUCAACUUCAAACCACUACGAGAACUUACCAAACAAGACAUUUCACCAUUGUCCACGCUGCCAAUCUCCCUCGCAGGCCGCAUUCAUUGACCCCAUAGGGGUCUGGUCAAAAGUAGUGCACUGAUAUAGGGAAUAGGGUGCCAUUAGGACUGACCCUGAGCUCCGCUUACGGGGCGAGGCUUUGAUGUCUUCGGCCCUAGAUCCCUUUAAAACCACACUGAGCCGGGACUAUCACGUCCAGGACCCACUAAAACAGAGCCACAUGUCCAAUGACCAUGGAGUAGAAGUAAAACAGUCCCAAAUGGCACCCUAGUCCUUAUAUAGUGCACUACUUUGGACCAGAACCCUAUCAAAAGUAGUGCACUAUAUAGGAAUAGGGUGCCAUUUGGGACGUAGACUUUAUCUCUAUGAACCACAGGGUCUGUCUGACCCUGCAACACCUCUAACCAGUACAUACAGGCAACAUUUCAAUGACCACAUCACCUCUACUAUCAUAACAUAGAAUUGUCGGCCAAUGGUCAUUGGAUAUCUGGGCUAAUUUUAGUCUUUAUGGAGCCUGGAUUGAGGCGACUCAGUGAGACGUGUGCAUGUUUACAUAUCACUUUUCAUUUACGGGAAAUGAUUUUCAAUUUGAACUGUUAUAAUUAUGUGUAUAUAGAUAUUUGUUUAUAUAUUUUAUCUGAAGUUACACCACCGCAUGCCUGCUGAAACAAAGGAGACAAAGAAAUGUCUGUCUGCUUGAGGAGAGACCACGCUGAUUGUUGCAACCCCGUCCUUCAAGCUAUGACCUGUCCUGCUGUCGGUUCACAUUAGCUGUUCAACCCCCCCCCCAAUCUAUCCAUUGCUUAAAAACCCAUGACCUUGUGUGUUUAUUUGUUGUGUUUCCCCAUUGGUAGCUAGCAUAGCAUGUUGGUAAUUCUGUGCUAGAACAGGACAGUGUUGGUUUGUCUUAGGUCAAAAGGAGAGAGACUUCCCAGGAGACAUGUCCACUAUGGCUGCCAUUUUGUGACUCAUCGUCAGGAGAUGGAAGGGGGAUGCGGACACGGAACUCAGAACUCUAACCUAUCAGACUAUUAAUCCUCAAUGUUUGUGUCACUCAGUCACCACUCAUCUCCAAUCGGAAAAUGAUCAAUAGACUUAACUAACAAACACACACAAGGUGUCUCUAGUGCAUUUUCUGCCAGGACACAACAACGACGGGACACUGACGAAGAAGAAGUUAGUAAAAAGAACAAUGAUAAUGAACUCUGUCUCUGUUGCAAUAACCCACUGCCAUCACUAACCAGCUGCCCGAUCCAUAACCAUCACUGCCUAUCGGGAUGGGUCCCCUCCACCCACAUCUAAGAAGAUUUGGUUUAGCCCAGGUUGUCAACAACCACUGUUGAAUGUGGCCUCUGACCAUCAUAGAUACACCAGGAAGGAAUGGACUGAGGCCAUGCAUUAUCAUGUUGACAGACAGUGGUUGCAACCUAAAUGGCAUCCUAUUCCCAAUUAAGUGCACUACUUUUGACCGGAGCACUUUGUGGGCCCUGGUCAAAAGUAGUGGACUAUAGGGAAUAGG